AGUCGUUGCCGCAACGCUCAACACAUCACACUUUUUAAACACCUUUUACCUACACAAAAUUACUUUUUAAAUUUCCAGUCAAGCUGCUUGUUUCAAAAUUAUAGCCGGUAAAGAAGACAGUGCUAUUUCAAAAACAAACUAACAAGGGUCUUAAAUUUCAAACCAACAACAAUCUUAGCAAGCCUUGGAUUAUAAUAAUCUAAAAUGCAGAUCUUUGUGAAGACCUUGACUGGAAAGACCAUCACUUUGGAGGUGGAGCCUUCCGAUACCAUUGAGAAUGUGAAGGCCAAGAUUCAGGAUAAGGAGGGAAUCCCCCCAGAUCAGCAGCGUCUGAUCUUCGCCGGCAAGCAGCUCGAGGAUGGACGCACUCUUUCUGACUACAACAUCCAGAAGGAGUCGACCCUUCACUUGGUUCUCCGUCUGCGUGGUGGUAUGCAGAUCUUCGUGAAGACUUUGACCGGAAAGACCAUCACCCUGGAAGUUGAGCCUUCAGACACCAUUGAGAAUGUGAAGGCUAAGAUCCAAGACAAGGAGGGAAUUCCUCCAGAUCAGCAGCGUCUGAUCUUCGCCGGCAAGCAGCUCGAGGAUGGACGCACUCUUUCUGACUACAACAUCCAGAAGGAGUCGACCCUUCACUUGGUUCUCCGUCUGCGUGGUGGUAUGCAGAUCUUCGUGAAGACUUUGACCGGAAAGACCAUCACCCUGGAAGUUGAGCCUUCAGACACCAUUGAGAAUGUGAAGGCUAAGAUCCAAGACAAGGAGGGAAUUCCUCCAGAUCAGCAGCGUCUGAUCUUCGCCGGCAAGCAACUGGAAGACGGACGCACCCUGUCCGAUUACAACAUCCAGAAGGAGUCGACCCUUCACUUGGUUCUCCGUCUGCGUGGUGGUAUGCAGAUCUUCGUGAAGACUCUGACCGGAAAGACCAUCACCCUGGAAGUUGAGCCUUCAGACACCAUUGAGAAUGUGAAGGCUAAGAUCCAAGACAAGGAGGGAAUUCCUCCAGAUCAGCAGCGUCUGAUCUUCGCCGGCAAGCAACUGGAAGACGGACGCACCCUGUCCGAUUACAACAUCCAGAAGGAGUCGACCCUUCACUUGGUUCUCCGUCUGCGUGGUGGUAUGCAGAUCUUCGUGAAGACUCUGACCGGAAAGACCAUCACCCUGGAAGUUGAGCCAUCAGACACCAUUGAGAAUGUGAAGGCUAAGAUCCAAGACAAGGAGGGAAUUCCUCCAGAUCAGCAGCGUCUGAUCUUCGCCGGCAAGCAACUGGAAGACGGACGCACCCUGUCCGAUUACAACAUCCAGAAGGAGUCGACCCUUCACUUGGUUCUCCGUCUGCGUGGUGGUAUGCAGAUCUUCGUGAAGACUUUGACCGGAAAGACCAUCACCCUGGAAGUUGAGCCAUCAGACACCAUUGAGAAUGUGAAGGCUAAGAUCCAAGACAAGGAGGGAAUUCCUCCAGAUCAGCAGCGUCUGAUCUUCGCCGGCAAGCAGCUCGAGGAUGGACGCACUCUUUCUGACUACAACAUCCAGAAGGAGUCAACCCUUCACUUGGUUCUCCGUCUGCGUGGUGGUAUGCAGAUCUUCGUGAAGACUCUGACCGGAAAGACCAUCACUUUGGAGGUUGAGCCGUCGGACACCAUUGAGAAUGUGAAGGCCAAGAUUCAGGAUAAGGAGGGAAUCCCCCCAGAUCAGCAGCGUCUGAUCUUCGCCGGCAAGCAACUGGAAGACGGACGCACCCUGUCCGAUUACAACAUCCAGAAGGAGUCGACCCUUCACUUGGUUCUCCGUCUGCGUGGUGGUAUGCAGAUCUUCGUGAAGACUCUGACCGGAAAGACCAUCACCCUGGAAGUUGAGCCAUCAGACACCAUUGAGAAUGUGAAGGCUAAGAUCCAAGACAAGGAGGGAAUUCCUCCAGAUCAGCAGCGUCUGAUCUUCGCCGGCAAGCAGCUCGAGGAUGGACGCACUCUUUCUGACUACAACAUCCAGAAGGAGUCGACCCUUCACUUGGUUCUCCGUCUGCGUGGUGGUAUGCAGAUCUUCGUGAAGACUUUGACCGGAAAGACCAUCACCCUGGAAGUUGAGCCUUCAGACACCAUUGAGAAUGUGAAGGCUAAGAUCCAAGACAAGGAGGGAAUUCCUCCAGAUCAGCAGCGUCUGAUCUUCGCCGGCAAGCAACUGGAAGACGGACGCACCCUGUCCGAUUACAACAUCCAGAAGGAGUCGACCCUUCACUUGGUUCUCCGUCUGCGUGGUGGUAUGCAGAUCUUCGUGAAGACUUUGACCGGAAAGACCAUCACCCUGGAAGUUGAGCCAUCAGACACCAUUGAGAAUGUGAAGGCUAAGAUCCAAGACAAGGAGGGAAUUCCUCCAGAUCAGCAGCGUCUGAUCUUCGCCGGCAAACAGCUCGAGGAUGGACGCACUCUUUCUGACUACAACAUCCAGAAGGAGUCGACCCUUCACUUGGUUCUCCGUCUGCGUGGUGGUAUGCAGAUCUUCGUGAAGACUUUGACCGGAAAGACCAUCACCCUGGAAGUUGAGCCUUCAGACACCAUUGAGAAUGUGAAGGCUAAGAUCCAAGACAAGGAGGGAAUUCCUCCAGAUCAGCAGCGUCUGAUCUUCGCCGGCAAACAGCUAGAGGAUGGACGCACUCUUUCUGAUUACAACAUCCAGAAGGAGUCAACUUUGCACUUGGUGCUCCGUCUCCGCGGAGGAAUCCAAGCUUAAACUAAAUACAUUUCCAAAUAAACACAAACUUAGCACGCACUUCACCCAAGACUCAUGAUAAAUACUAGGAAGCCAUGGAUGGACACUUUCCUUUCUUUAUUGUUGAAAGGGAAGACAUCAGCAAAAUUCAAAAUUCCAGUAUAUGCCAGGAUAUAUAUAUUUGAUGAAAUCCAAAUUUCUUUAUUGAAUCUAAAGCACAAAAUAAACGAAGUUAUUAAAAA